CCUGCUUUGGCGGUGGUGCACGUUAUCAGUAAUGAGUCACAAAAUUCUAACGUAAGCACUGGGCGCAGAACUGAAACGCCCCGAUCCUACCCCAAGGCACGUCCAAAGGCGCCGUCAACAGGCGCUGGAAUUUCUUCUUCGGGUCUGCCAAACCGACGUAUAACAAAGAACCCAAGAAAGACCAGGUAUUUACAUUUCUACCAUUCUCUGAAAUGCAACUUUCCUGCUCUUGAGUUUUCUUGAAUCUGCAUAAAAUGGCAAAAUCCUCCAAAACAGUCAUCCAAAAUCUCUACAGAGCGUAUUUCCAUGGAAUUCCAUCAAAACCCACUUCCCAAAAUGCCCCUCACCCUCAUAUUUUCUCCCCAAAUUGCCAUCAUUCUUACCCUCCUUCCUUUGGAAUUCCUCUCAGGAAUUUCUCUUCUGGGUCUUCAAAUUCGAGGCAUUUGAGCUCUGAAAUCCAUCCAAACGUGCCGUCUUUCCACAAACUCACUUCCCAAAAUGCCCCUCUACCUAGUUCUAUUUUCACUCCAAAACACCAUUCAUACACUUCACACAUUGGAAAUCUCCUCAGGAACUUUUGUUCUGAGGUUUCCUCAUCUGGGUGUUCAAAUUCAAGGCAUCUCCAUGGAAUUUCAGCAAAAACCACUUCCACAAAUGCCCCCAUUCCUCAUAUUUCCAUCCCAAAACACCCUUCAUGUCCUCCUGCUGAAAAUCAGCGUAGAAACUGCUCUUCUGGGGUUUUUCCUUCUGGGUUUUCGAAUUCAAGACGCUUCAGAAUUGGGUCAAGGGAAUUCUCUUCUAGAAGCUCCGGGACUAAGUUCUUGCCAUUUAAAAGUCCAGAUCCUGGUAAAUUUGAUGGCGGUUUCGUGAAAACGGUCACUGACAAGCCCUUAUCUGCCAUUAAAUCGACCUUCUCGCGGUAUCGUGAGGCGGUCGGGCUACAAAUUGAGGCAUUUUGGAAGAGGAACUCUCUGGUGCUGGUGGGUGCCGCAGGGCUUGGUAUUUGUAUUGUACUGUGGAGAGUUAUGUUUGGGAUUGCGAGCACCUUUGUUGGGCUCUCAGAAGGCAUGGCGAAGUAUGGUUUUCUUGCAUUGGCAUCUGCCAUUGUUGCUUUCGCUGGUUUGUACAUCCGUUCGAGGUUCACCAUCAACCCUGACAGGAUUUAUCGAAUAGCUAUGAGGAAGUUAAACACAUCAGCUGGAAUUCUUGAGGUCAUGGGUGCCCCUCUAACUGGGACAGAUUUGAGAGCAUACGUGAUGUCGGGAGGUGGGCUUAGGCUGAAGAACUUUAAGCCGAGGCUAAGUGGCAAGCGGUGUUUUCUCAUUUUUCCUAUCCGAGGAUCAGAAAGAAAAGGCCUUGUGAGUGUCGAGGUUAAGAAUAAAAAGGGCCAGAAUGACAUGAAGCUGCUCGCAGUCGACAUUCCAAUGGCUACAGGGCCUGAUCAGCGGUUAUUCCUGAUCGGGGAUGAGGAAGAAUACCGAAUCGGAGGCGGGCUAAUAUCCGAACUAAGGGAUCCGAUAGUGAAAGCAAUGGCUGCAGAGAAAGAGUUUGAUGAUCUUGACCAAAAGGAGGAAGAAGAGGACGCUGCAAGAGAACUUGCAGAGGCGGAGAGGAAGCGGCAAGAAGAGAUCGAGAAGCUAGAAAAAGGUAGCCCAUAGGACUCAUUUUUAUUGUUGUUCUUGUUCUAUUUUGCUUUCUCGCCUUUCAGUUUGUGAUCAAAUGCUUGGGGAAAAAUAGAAAACAAAAGAAAAAUAAAAAAAAUCUCGCGGUUGAGAUGGAUGGCAACCAAGAUCGGAUAAUAACAACACAAAAAUACCAUUUGAGUUUCAAUUGAUUUUUCCCCCCUUCUUUUCCUUGUAAAACUAAUGAUCCCUUCUUUUGUGAGGCACAAGGGAUUUUUUUUUUUUUUUUGUCAAAUAAAUUUGACACUUGUAUUUCAAAUGGAUUCUGAUCACAUGGAAUCUUUUCUA